CCCAAGUCUUCAUAUGUGUGGUGUUCCUGAUGGCAAGGUACAGUCCUCCUGAAGAAUGUUGGGAUGAUGUUUGCGGGGUGUUCUUUUCGUUUGUUGGAGUUGGGUGGAGUUGAGGAGAUGGGGGUGUGGAUGCUCUGUGCUCUGGCGGUUGCAGGGAGGAGGGAGGUGGCGAACUUCUCGGCAAAGGGCAUGGUGGAGUACGGGGCUCUGGUGGAUCCCUUUUUGUUGCAGUACGGGGUGGCACUUGGAGCAUUUGGAUUUAUCGAGAGGGCUAAGGAUGGGGAAGUUACUGUCAAACUGGGAUUUGCCAGCUGUGUACGCGAUGGUGUCUUUGGCAGCAUCCGCACGACCCUCAGCAAGUUCCUCAGUUGUGAGGUUGGCGAGGGCAGUGUAGGCUUGGAUGGUGAUAGGGGCAACAUGGUUGAACGUAUCAAGCAACCAAAGCUUGUUGUCCACAUUGCUGCUCCAGUUCUCGAUCCAUCUGGAGGUCUGGACCGGGAUGAACGGGGCGUCGUGUGACAUUUUGUAGUUGCUAUUCCUGCGGGGGGUCUGGGUUGAAGGAGGAGGUUUGGCAGCUUGCUGCUGCCUUUGUGCCAUCCUCUUUACAUACCAUUCCCUCUCAACUUGUGAAACGUUCAUCUGAUCUAGAAGCUUAAGCUUAUGUUCAUCUGAGUUCUCAAUGGUGGAGACAUCACCUGUAACGGUGAGAUGUGAAAAGUUGAAGCCGUGCAAAUCGAGAAUGACUCUCUCGGUUUUGGCUACGAUUUUGUCCAUCUCACGAUUUUGGAUUGUGGCUUGCUUGAGAAUUGUAGUCAUAUCCCGUG